AUGUCCGUUCCCCUGGCGGGCAUGUUUCAGCAGCUUCAUCGGGCUCCGAGGUCACUCCUGAGCCUGGUAAAGCCACCACGGACCAAUGAGGGGCCGCCAUAUCACAGGGGGCUGUGCCUUGCCCACCUUUGCCUUGCCGUGCAUGCUCCCGCCGGCCGAGGCCCCCUGCUGAGGAGCGCUCACAGCAAAGCACCAUGGAACCACCAGUCAGCCUCUCCCCUUCCUCCUCCCUUCCACACCAAACUCACCACCCUCAGCACGCCGGGAAACAGCCGUGGACAAUCACCGGGACAGGAAGGAGGAGCGUGCCAACCAAAGCCACGUGGAGCAGCCGGAACAAUAAUCCAUGGGACUGGAAAAGAAAAACCUUAUGACUGUUACUCACUAGAAACUUGGCCACGGGUACUGAAACAGAGUCAGCUGAACUCACCUAAGACUUUGCAAGCCAUCAGUGGCUUAGAGAGAAGGUACCUCAACAACAAUCAUGUCAUGUGUUGUCCCACUUAUCAGUUAAUAGCUGCCUUGCCAGCCCUGAAGUCUGUGCCCUUGCCUUUAGAGUCUGCUGCUGUGGGUUGGUAUAUAAAUCCAUCAGAGGUGCUAGUGGCACUUAAAUCUGCAAGGGCUACAGGUUGGCAACCCUACAAGUACAAAAAAAGAAUGCCUUGGAUGUUUUUAUGGCACAACAGGUCGACUGAAAUGACAGAGGACCAUGAGGCUUCAGAAGGCAAGGAUCAUAAGAAGAAGAUUUCGGGCACAGAACUGAAAAACUUUUUGAUGUCUGUUGUGCCGCAGAUAGAACCAGCUGUUAUCAACAAUCCCAAUUCUAAACCUGAAAAGCUUUCUGCAAAAGAAGUCAAACAGUGGUCCCAGUCGCUAGCAAUGCUUCUGUCAACUCAGGGGGGUCAAGAUGCUUUCAGAGAAUUUCUGAAAUCAGAGUUCAGUGAUGAAAACAUUGAUUUUUGGCUGGCUUGUGAAGACUACAAGAAAACCCAAUCUGAUCACUUACAUGACAAGGCAGAGAAGAUUUACAAGGAGUUUGUCCAGUCAGAUGCUAUUAAGCAAAUCAACAUUGACUUCUAUACAAGAAAAACUACAGUUCAGAAGGCUCAGAAUCCAACCACCUCAAGCUUUGACGAAGCACAGAAAAGUGUAUAUGUACUUAUGGAGAAGGACUCCUACCCUAGAUUCCUCAAAUCCAGUUUCUACCUUAAUCAGUUAAACCAGGUUCAACCCAAUAGUCUCAAGUGAAAGGAUGGAUCGUUCAUUUCUCUGGUAUAAAUCUGAAGUAUGAUUGGGCUGCAAAGUAAUGACUGGGACUAACAGAAAAAGUGGAAACUGCACAAAACAAUGACAGGUCUGCAAGAGGUACCUGAGCUGAAAUCCCCUGGACAAGGUGCAAAAGGAAGAGAGACUAUUGCCUUGAUAGCAAGGAACUAAGCAUCACUUUUCACAUAAAAUACUUUUUCAGCAACUGUCCUGCAAAUGAGGUCACACUUGUCGAAAGGAUGCACAAGCACAUUUAUUUAUGACAUUGUUAGGGGUCAUUCCACAUGCAUACUGGUUUGAUUCAUCCUUUGAUUCUAUAUCGCUGGACUGCUCUACUGAAAAGCACUGAAUCAGAAGUAUUGGAAGUUGAUAUGAAAGUUAUAUCUGUGAUGGGUCAUUUGGUGGAUAAAGUUCUGUAUGAAAGUUAGGCUUGCACAAUAAGUACUGUGUUUAAAGAGGGAAAUAACAGAGGGACACCAAAGUUAUUGUGUGGAACCUCAGUCUGCAACCAAGAGAGAAAGUGUUCGUUUAGACUAUUAUUGUUGAGAUAAAAUAUGUUAAGAGAUGUAUGGAUAUUUAGUCUUAAAUUCAUACACCGUCAAUUGCUGUAAAUUACACUGAGAUACCAUUUCACGUGGAUAUAAGCUAGGCCAUAAACAAGUUUAAUUUUUGGCCCUGGUAAGUAGCCUAUUUAAUUUAUUGCAACUUGUAAAUGAAUGGCAAAUGAUCAUAAAAUUAAAGAUGUGUCACAACCA